UCAACAUUUCCCAUCCAAAUUAUCAAUUUCUUCUUCUCUUUGAAAUUCCCCAUUUCUUCUUCUUCUUCUUCUCCAAAACCAUCCCCAUUUUUCGCAUUGCAUAAUUUGUUCAUCAAUAUAUAUAUAUAUAUAUAUAUAUCGACAUGAGACGAAACUGCAACUUGGAACUUCGCCUCCUCCCUUCUAGUUAUCCCGGCGACCGUCACGACCACAUGAUGGAAGAGAGCAGCGAAAGCCCACAAAACCAACAGCAACAGCUAACAAUUUUCUACAAUGGAAGAGUUUGCGUUUGUGAUGUUACAGAGCUCCAGGCAAGAGCCAUCCUAACGCUAGCAAACAGAGAAAUAGAUGAAAGGAUAAAAACUCCAACGGCAUCUGAACCUGCUUCACCAACGUUACAAUCUCAGCUACAUAGCCCAACUACUGCACUUUCCAUGAAGAAAUCGCUUCAACGUUUCCUCCAAAAACGAAAGAAUCGGAUCCAAGCUACCUCUCCUUACCAUUAAUAUGUAUCAUCAUCAUCAUCAUCAUCAAUCCUUGCUGUUUAGUGGAAUGGAAGGAACUGAUCUAUCGUUUUGGCUAGCUAGGAAUGGAAAGAAUUCUUUCCAUGAAAUUAAGGAGACUUUCCGUGGGAUAUCUUGUUCCUUUUUUCUUUUUUUUCUUUUUUGUAUAUUUAUAUAUGAAAUAUGCUAGUAGCUUGAUCAAGACUAUGGAUUUUGCAUU